GAUUGAAACGGCACGCGGAAACAGUAAAGUCAAUUUGAAAUCGCCAGAAGUUCUCCAAAGCACUCGGUCUUCACCCACAAACAACAGCACUUAAUGUAAACCUAAAGCGGGUUGUUUCGUGCGCGGGAUUGUUGGAGAGCGACUGGGAUAGUCGGACUAAAAACACGGGGGAGAAAACUAUGGCAAGCAACGAAUCGCUGGUCGCGUUGAAUGGGAAGCAGAUUUCAUACAUUGGGCAUGACUGUGAGGAAAUCCCAAACUUCCUUGGAGAGAUGUACGGCCAGUUUGCACGAAGGCUGGAUCUGAGUUUUAAUCGGCUCAGGUCACUGGCAGCCCUCAAAAUGUUCGCUGAGCUGGAAGAGCUGAUCGUCGACAACAAUCUGCUUGGAAAUGACCUCCAGUUACCCAGGUUACCCAACCUCCACACCCUGACACUCAACAAGAACCAACUGACUGAUAUCGAGGCCUUGCUGGAACACUUGGCUGAUGUGACCCCAUCACUCGAGUACCUAAGCCUGCUGGGAAAUGAGGCCUGUCCUAACCAGCUGGUCAGCCCGGAUAAGGAUGAGGAUGACUACCAGAGAUACAGGUACUUUGUUCUGUACAAGUUGCCACAGCUGAAGUUUCUGGACACCAGGAAAGUAACCAAAAGAGAAGUGAUGGAGGCACAGGAAAGGGGUGCAUUCAUGAAAGUGGUCAAGCCCAAGGUGGAAGCUUCACUUAAUGAGGCUGGAAGUGAGAGUCAGCCACUGCCAUAUUCACCUCUACCCCGAGGAGCAAGAGAUCCCAGGAACCACAAAGGGGUAUUUGCCAAGUGUCGCUACAUCUACUAUGGCAAGCACUCAGAGGGCAACAGAUUCAUCCGAAACGAUCAGCUCUGAUGGGCAGCUGCUCAGGCUCAGUGAGGGAUACAGAUGACAGUGGUUGCUAACAGAAGGACGGGAGGAUCAAGGCAGGCUAAUUUAUUAAAACCAGUGGUGAAAUUUGGCUCCUUUGAUCUCCAAUUGGGAAAGAAAAAAGGAUUUAAACUCUUUCAAAAAUAUGCUCUUAUAUAAGAGGAAGGGUUUCUUUUAGUUUGUUGUGUUUUUAAAGAUCAUAUUGCAGCCCCCAUAGUUAGAGCCUCUUCAGCUUCUGCCUCCCUGCAUUGCAGCUCAGCCAGAGAUGACACUCCGAAUGACAUGAUUGCCUCUAAGCAUUUGCAGCCGCAAAACUCCAGACUCACAACACACAAACACAAGGACACAACUCUUCUCUCUCUUUCUCAGCGACAAACAUACCCGGCCAAUUGCAUCCUCUUCUUUGACAGCCGUGAUCGAUCACUUGUCCACUACCACCACUAAUCAAGGGUGAGGAGGUUAGGGUCACACACCUGGGGCCUGACAUGGACUCAUCUCUUUUAUUCUGUGAAUCAUUUGCUCACACACACUCAUGUAAAUGCUAUUUAAAGCAUUAAGACAUUAAGACAAUAAUUUAACAGAACAGGGCUUAUACAGCUUCAUUAAAACAUUGCUGUUUUUUUCAGUCAACACCUCAGGCACAAUCAGUGCUUCUUGUUUAGUUUGGAGCAAAAUAUUUUUUUCUUUCCUUUUUUUUUCUGCUUGUAUAAUUUUUAUUUGGUUAUGUUUUUAUCUUUUGGUUGCUUAGAAGAGAAUGUGUCUUUCUGAAAGUCAAAGGUGUGAUAACUAAGAAGGUUUGGUCAGUUCUUUAUGCAGUGUGCAGCUUAAAGAUAAAAACAUUCCAGUACCAGCUUUAUUGAAGAAGAGUUACUCAUGAGUUUUUUGCCUUUCCAGGUUCAUGUCAUAUUGCUGUCAUUAUUUGCUUACUCUUGGAACACCUCAGAACAACCAGUGUUGCUGCAUGAGAAAUGUUUACAUUUUAUUAUUCGCUUUAUAAUUAUUGCAGCUUAACGUUGCAGUAUUGAUCCUUGUAACACCUUUUCGCAGCAGUGGGUCAAAUUUCUAAGGCAACAAAUAGAAAUUUGAAUGUGAAUGAUGUAAUAAAUCUGAUCUGAUGUGAAAUCAUAUUAGCGGGAUUUAAUUAAAUGGGUUGAACUAACACGUGUCUCUUGUCAAAUUGAUAUGGAGUUUAAGGUACUAUGGUGCUUUCAUAUUUAAU